AUCAAUGUAUUAGUGCUCCGUUUAAACCUGUGCUCUAAACGCAUUGAGCGCUAAUAUUUAUUCGCAGAUAAAUCAGUGUAUAUCGUGUUCACACUCCCGGCCGCACAGCACCGGUACGUCAACACAGGCAACGCUGGAUGGGCUAACUUUUCACUGAAUUAGUCGGUGUCUAUGGAAAAACGUGAUCGUCUAUUAGACAUACCGUGCCGGGUGUGCGGAGACCGCAGUUCAGGCAAACAUUACGGCAUAUAUAGUUGUGACGGGUGUUCGGGAUUUUUUAAGCGAAGCAUUCACCGCAACCGUAUCUACACGUGCAAAGCACAGGCAGAAUUACACGGCAAGUGUCCCGUAGAUAAGACACACCGUAACCAAUGCCGCGCCUGUAGGCUCAAGAAGUGCUUCGAGGCCUCUAUGAAUAAAGACGGUAACUCUUUUAUGGGCACUCGACCAAUACUAGUGGUCUCAGACCCGGAGCUCAUUAAAGAUAUGAAUAUUAAAAACUUUCACCAUUUUGUCGAUCAUAUGGACACCAAAUCUGGCGAUCCUUUAAACGACCGGUCGUUGUUUAAUCUGAUGGGAGACGAGUGGAAAGCCAUGCGAUCUGUGAUAAGUCCGACAUUUUCAUCGGGAAAGAUGCGAGCAAUGCAUCCACUGAUCAUCGAUUGUGUCCAUCGAUUGGACCAAUACUUGGAGACAAAGGCUAUAAAUGGGGAUGAAUUGGAUGUGAAGCGAGCGAUGGGUAACCUAACUAUGGAUGUGAUCGCUUCGUGUGCUUUUGGCACUCAAAUAGACACUCAUAACGAUCACAAAACCAAUGAGUUUGUAGCAAAUGCUCAGGGCAUAUUUCAUGGUAAUUGGCGAAUGUUAGCCCAGAUCUCAUCGAUUAUCUCUAGACGCAAAUCGGAGCGCAAUUCAGUUAAACACAGGGAUUAUCUGCAGCUUAUGAUUAACGCCCAGAAUAGGAGUGCAGACAAUAGUGAAGAUCAGGACAUCGAUGACCUCAACGAACACAUCUUCGGCAAAACCGAUGCUUUGAAAUACCAGAAGACGUCAAAUGUGGUCAUCACUGACGACGAUAUGUUGGCCACGAGUUUCCUGUUUCUUGUGGCCGGAUAUGAGACGACCGCCAGUUUAUUGUCGUUUGUAUUAUACGAGUUGUCCGUCAAAGAGAAGUGUCAGCAAAAACUAUACGAAGAGAUCAAUGCCUUCGACGGCAACUAUAGCUACGAAUCAAUCGCUCGAAUGCCGUAUUUGGAGGCCUGUAUUGCAGAAACACUCAGACUGUAUCCUCCGGCGCCCAAUAUUGGCCGGAUAUGCACACAAGAAUAUAAACUUGGCAAUACUGGCAUAACAAUACCAAAGGGACAGUUUGUAAUGUUUGAUUUCAUAUCCAUUCAUCACAGCCCCGAGUAUUACCCGAAUCCCGAGGUCUGGGAUCCCGAGAGGUUUAUGCCCUCAAAUCGUGAUCGAUUAGUGUCCGGAACUUAUAUGCCGUUCGGAACGGGACCCCGAAAUUGUGUGGGAAUGAGGUUUGCGUUAAUGGAGGCCAAGACUGCUGUCGCGCAUCUCAUCUGCAAAUACCGAUUCAUACGUACGGCUAAUACACGAUAUCCGCCGACAUUCAAGAAAUACGACUUUAUGUUAACCACUGAUGAUAGAAAAAUUGGCGUUGAAUUGCGAUAAUAUAACAAUU